CAGAAAUUAAGAACUGACCUGGGAUCAGCAUCCCGGCAGCCCAGCAUGGGCGAACAGACGGCGCAGCCCCGUGUCCACUUACAAUAACAUUCACAUUAUUACACGGGCAUUCAGCAGGUUUAUUCGAAGGGUUAGGUGAAGGGCUGGAACCUGAACUAGUUGUACAGCGGACUAACAGUAGUGUAAGCUUGACCAGACAUGGCUGCAAGGGGCCACUUCCUUGACUGGUGAGAGAAAGCAGUGGGUCUAUCCUGGUGUCCUUCUCAGGUCAUGGCCAGUCAGUGCAGCAGCGUGGACUCGAGAGCCACAGCAAGGGCUGUGGGCUCCAUCAACUCCACUUCUGUGUGUGCCCGCAUCGAUUCCUAUGAAGGGGUGGAAAAGAAGUGCAUCUCUGACCUCCGAAGAACCUUCUGCCUCUUUGUGACAUUUGACCUACUCUUUAUCACUCUGCUCUGGAUCAUUGAGCUCAAUGUCAAUGGAGGAAUACAAGAACAGCUGAAAAAGGAGGUGUUAGAAUAUGACUACCACAAUUCUUUUUUUGACAUUUUUUUAUUGGCUGUUUUCCGAUUUGCAGCCUUGAUAUUGGCUUAUGCAGUAUGUAGAUUGCGCCACUGGUGGCCCAUCGCGAUAACAACAGCAAUCACCAGCGGUUUCUUAAUUGCAAAAGUAAUUAUAUCAAAGCUGCUGUCUCAGGGGGCAUUCGGUUACCUGCUACCCAUCGCCUCAUUUAUCCUGGUCUGGAUAGAGACGUGGCUCCUAGACUUCAAAGUUCUGCCACAGGAAGCCAUUGAUGAAAACAGGUAUCUAACAAUACAGAGUAUCUCAGACAGAGCUCCACUCUUGCUACCAGGGCCUGUCUCAGAUGGGCAGUUCUAUUCACCACCAGAGUCUGUAGCAGAUUCUGAUGAAGAACUUGAUGACAAGCAUGACCUUGAAAAACCCAUCGUCUAGGAGGAGUUUCAAGCUGCACAUUUGUUGGAAUGUCCAAUUUCGCUUCAUGUAAAGGGUGUGUGUAUGUAUGAGUAUCACUGGGUUACUCAGGAGUAAUCAGUACUGUGCCAGCAAUAAGAUCUUGAGGCUUGAGCAAAUGAUAUUGACAUCCACUCUGAUUCCACAACUGCAAACAAUCAGAACCAUGUUCCACUGUUUUAAUUAAUACUUUCCCAGACACUGCAGAGUUUCCACAUUGUUUUUGAUUUGCUCAUGUACACAUAUAUGAAGGUUAAAAUCGAAGAACUGCUAUUCAACAUGUGCUGCACUGUGAUAUUUUCUUGUUCGGUUUUUUAAGACUCUACUGUAGCAAACUGUUGCAAUCUUGACUCCGGAGGUAUCAUACAUUACAAGGGCAGUUAAAACUUCUUGUAUUUAUAUAAAAAAAAAAAUCCAAAACAUCUCAUUGUUCAUUCUGUUGAGUUGCAGAGUUCCAGAUUACAGAGGAAUCACAUUUAUUUACAUUGUUCUUAAUGCUGUUUAAAUCAGUCACCAUUUUAACGUUUGUUGCCAGUUCUUCUUUAUGAAACAGACUUUCACAUAUUAUAGGAAAUUAUAUAUUUCACUUAUAACAUGUUUGGAAGUGUUUGCUAACCCACAGACUAACAUGCACCAUAAAAGGGCUUACAUGAUUCUGCAUGAUCAUAAACUGUUCACUAUAAAAUAUGCAUGUUGUCUGUUAUUAGACAUUACUAAAUACCAUGUGUGCAUUCAUUUGCAAGAGACUUUUUGGUUGUUUGGUUUUUACGUUUAUAUUUUAGGCGAGACUUUCUGUAUGUGGGGAUUGUGUAAAACCCUCAGCCUUUAAAAUUGUAAAAUUAUUUUGUGCCAUUUUUUUUUCCAUAGUAAAUGGAAAAUUGUUUGUUUUAAUUAAAGUUUCUGGUUAUUUCA